GCUAUCCGAGCUGUUACCUUCGCCCGCAUCACGCCGAUUGAGUCGGACGUGUGAUGUAACGCCCCCGAGUCUGGUCGAUUAGUGAUCAACAAGCCACAAGCCACAACCCGACAAGCCGCCUGGCGCUCUUCUCAACGAGUCAACUCACGCUCCUCAUUUAUUCAUACGUGGAACAUUGUUACAUCCGCAUCAACGUCUUCUUGCCUGGUAAUUCGCAGCUGCUCAUCCAAGUGGGAAGGCUCUUCUGUUGUCGAUUCAAAAAAUCCGUAAUUGGCCAUAGUCAGACCACUCCACCGUUGCUGUCCAUUCUCUAUUCUCCAUUCUUCAUCCUCUCUUCUCUGUUCUCCAUUCUCUGGCCCCCACCGCAUCCCUCCCUCUCCACCAAUCCACCAAGCACAUCCAAACAUCUCUUAAAGAUUCGUCCGUUAUAAAGUCAUCCCAUGCCAGAUCAUCCCAAGCCCGCCCCCGUCAAGCGACGAGGUCGGCCUCCCUCCAACCCCUCUGAAAUAGACGAUGCCACUCUCAAGGCCCGCCGCCAACGCAACCGCGAAGCCCAGAAUGUCUUCCGCAGGCGGAGGCAGGCAGCUGAAGCGGAGCAAGGCAAGAGGCUCCGCCGGUUGGAGGAGGUCGUCGAGGAGAUGAGCUCCAUCUUUGUCAGCUUCGUCGAUGAGAUGCUCGAGACUGAGGUCGUUAACAAGCAGCCGAACUUGGUUGGGAGCUUGCGUCGGUCCAUGGCACGCAUUCUCGCCUUGGCCCAUGAAGUCGUCGGACCAGACGACGAGCAAAAUGCAUCCUGUACACCAUCCGUGGCUCCAGCUAUUGAGCCAACAUCAACCUCCAUAUCAACCUCUACAUUAACCUCUACAUCAACCUCUACAUCAACAUCAACCACCAAACUGCUGGCAGGCAUUCCCGAGAACGAUAUGUCAGGCCACUCCUCAGCAUCACCACCAGGCCACUCCUCGACUUCACCACCAGGCGACUCAUCGACGUCCAGUCACUCCUCCGAAGACACCAUGGAAUGUGAUACACACACAGGAACUGACCCAGCCUACCGCGCCUCCCAAUCGGCCCUCAUCCUCACCCUGCCAGGACCACCGGGCGCCGACUACCACAUCCCUGAUGAACCUCCAGAAAACGCCAUGGUCGCUGCCCCUCCGCUACCUCCCCAAAUAUACGGAAAUGGCUGGACUAUAACGAAUCAUCCGAUUAUUGGAGUGAAGCACUGGGGAGCUCGCGUGCCUCUGUCCCAGGACUCCUUCGCCCACCGCCUCGCAAAGGCAAGCCUCAGCAUCGCAUAUCUGAUCCUCACCAAGGCCCAACACCCACCUAUACCUCAGUCAGAGGAAUAUCGUGUCUUCGGAACAAACCUAGACUAUACGGACAAACGCGAGAUGUUGAUCCGCUUGAGAUGGCUACUGGGGCCGGGCAUUGGAGACAUGUAUCGCGUCGUUGAUCUGCCGUAUGGGCAACACGGCUCCCAAGUCUUCACGAGGAAUGAUUUGAAUCCCGCCUUCGAGGACAUGGGCUGGACUGGCAUCUACAAACCCCAUCCCAGCAAUCGCGACCAGGGAUAUUUUAGCAUCUUGGGCGUCGAGAAGCAGCUGCUGGCCCUCGGAGGCCGAAUCAUCGACGCCGAGACGCUCGAGCUCAACAUCGCCAACCCGUCAUCACCCAACAACCCGCCCAGCGAGGUCCCCUCCGGACAGCCGGACAGCUGGAGCUUUGUAGACUUCUUCUCACCCGAUCAACUACGCCCGCGGCCCAACGUCCUAACCAUGCAGCUCAGCAUCGGACUGCUUGUGUCCAAUUUGUCCCGUAGCGCCGUCUGCCUCAUGCGCGGGCCUGGGUAUCCGCGAGAUGAGCUAGGCGGCGCCAUCCAGGGGUCGGUAAUCAAGGUGACAUAAUGUGUACAGGAAACAGCUUUGGUUAGAAACGCAACUUGGAUCUUUUAAAAACAGCAUCGAGCAGCCUAGCAAGUUUCCACAGAAAAGAAAAUCAC